AUGGCGCAUCCCAGAUACCUGCUGCUGCUCCUGGUCCUGUGUGCCUCCAGACCAGGGCUCCCGCUGCAGCUACACAAGGCCGACUCCCUCCUCAGCUGCCUCAGCGCCGCCCUCUCGGGGGCCAGGGGGGGCCCCGCCAGUGAGAAUUCCCCGCUGGAGAAGCGGAGCUUCCGGUUCCCCGCCGGGGCUGAAAGCACCUCUGGGGGUGAGGAAGAGGAAGCCAGGGUGAAGGAGGAGGAAGAGAAGGGGAAACGGACGUUCCCGGGGGUCACCCGCUUUAAGUCCCUUGCCCAGGCGCAGGGAAAGGCCCAGCAAGAGCAAGCCAAAAGCGACCGGCGCACCAAGUUCACGCUCUCCCUCGAUGUCCCAACCACCAUCAUGAACAUCCUGUUCGACAUUGCAAAAGCCAAGAACCUGCGAGCCAAAGCGGCCGCCAACGCCCAGCUGAUGGCUCAAAUUGGCCGGAGAAAGUGA